AUGGUUCGCAUCACUAGACCUGUGCUUGAAAAGCACAAGGAGACAAUGUCGCUAUGGAUCGAUGAGUUCCGCAGCACGGCGUGUGCAACUUCUCUACCCCUCCUCCCCCAAUUUCUCGCAACCUUCCCCACAAGAUGGCCGUUCCCUCACGCUGAUCUGUAUCACUGGGUAUCUCUAUUGAAUAGAUUCGAUGUCAUCCUCGAGAGAUUCUGCAAGACGUACAAGUUAGAUGAAGGACCCCAGACAAUGGAUUUCACUUGCCAGAUACUUGCAACUAAUACCGAUGGGUCGGAAGAAAGCAACGAUGAGGAUCUCAGGAAUCUUGGCUAUGGAAAAGAUGGAGACAGACAGUUGGUAGAGUCGAUUCUUGCUUUCUCACAAAUUCUCCUGCAAAAUUGUAGCAAUCGCAGUAUCUACGCAAGCAGCCCGCAUCUAAACAGCCUUCUGAACUCCACGUCCCUUUCUAUCCUCGAAAGCACCCUUCACGUCGCCUUAGAACUGGCGCUGAGAUAUAGUACUGCUUUGAAACGAGGGGCCGUUCGACAUACUAGCAAGGAUCUUCUGAAGAACCACUACAAUAUCGACAUGGACAGAGUACUCCAACUAGCUCUCCCAUUUACAAAGACGAUCGUUGCUCCUGCCGAAUCCACCCAUGGCACCACACCUGUGACACCCAAUGCCAAAGGCAAGGAAAAGGCACACUUCAGUACCCCUGCUCAGAAAGCUGUAUCAUGCACAGUAUCUGCUACGGACUUAGUCUCCUUCGUCAAAGGAGGGAGCGGUGUUACCAGCAGCCCAAAAGGCCCUGGCAAUGGAACAUCCGCUGUCUCUAUAGCUUCCGAAAUUAGCUGGGAACAAUGGGGAGACGUAAAGGUUACAUAUUAUCCAAAGCCCGCUCCAGACUCAGAUCUACCACCUGUCAAACCACGAAGUGAUGCUACGAAUCCAAGGCUCCCGAGUUUUGGCGUCGGUACACCUACACCAACCAGACGUUCCAAUUUGGGUCCCAAUUCUCGUAACAACAGACAAAGCAGCUCUGACGGAUCUCCCACUCCUAUAGCGCGCUCGUCUACCUUCCCCACGGAUGAUACUCCCCAGCCAAGUUGUAAAGCUGUCGAGAUAUCUUCUUCGAUGCUUGCAUCCACUAGCCUGCACAAGCUUCUAGGUGAAAACGUAUCUGGCAUGCCGCAAGAUAAGCAGUAUGAACUUUUGUCUAAGUUGCGAAUAGCAUCUGCCUUGACUACAUCCUUAGAGACUCGAAGACAAAUUCUAUCCGUUCGCCUUUUAGCAAUCACCAACCUCGCAUAUGUUCAUUCUGAGACAACCUUUAUUGACAGCGUCUUGAAGCAGGACAGUGACGAACCUCGUCGAUUACAGCUUGUGUACCAGCUAGCAGAAUUGGUCCACCCACCCCCAGAAGGCGAUGUUGCAGUUCCACUGUCACUGCAAACUUUGGCGUUGUCUGCACUUACUUCGAUAUUAGAACAUCCCAGCAAGUACAAUGAUGUCUGUGCUGCACUAAAUACCAAUGUUAACCAUGGCGUCCUCCUCUACGUUGUCAGAAAGGCUGUUGCGGGAAUGGGCUGCAACGAUGAUUCUGACAACAAGUUGACGGAGGAGGAUCGAUGGCGUAAUGCCUUGUUUUACCUGCUGGGUACCGCUGGUCUCUCCAAUAACCCACGCACCUCAGGCGACUUGGUUACAGCUGGCCUUAUUCCAAUCUUCGUUGAAGUCUUGACUUUGCGGACCAACACCGCUGAGCGUUAUCAAAUAGAGGUCUUGAAAAUUCUCGAUACCAUCAUGUACAGCGCUCGAGACGCAUUUCAGACUCUGGUCAGUGCGGACGGCCUUGACGCUGUCUCUGAUUUGAUCGUCUUUGAGGUCAAGACCGCCGCGGAAAAUGCAGCAACUGGCAAGGGAACACCGCCAGAGCUUCACUCGCUCGCUGUUGACUACGAUAUCCCAUUCUACAAGCAGCAGACCCUACGAAUCCUCUUUAAGUUCAUUCAUCAUAUGAUGUCUACAGCGGGCGGCUAUGGUGGAAAUUUUGACCGUCUCCUGCGAAAUUUGAUUGACUCGUCUCAGCUCCUGGGAAGCCUUCGUCAGAUUAUUGGAAACUCCCAUUGCUUUGGAUCUAUCGUUUGGACCAACGCAGUCAGCAUUCUCAACGACUUUAUCAAUAAUGAGCCAACGAGUUUUGCUGUCAUCGCUGAGGCAGGUCUAAGUAAGGGCUUCCUCGAGGCUAUUACAGGGACCGAGAUAGUCAUGCCAUCAGAGACGAAGAAACAUCAAGUGGAGGCCGAAGAGACGGUACAACCGUCUGCAGAGCAGAGUUCUCCAGCAGCCGGAUCCGACGACGAUGAUGAUGACGACGACGACGAGAGCAGUGACGAUGAAGCUCCUACACCACAACGGCCCUCAUCAGAAAAGCUCCAGGCUCCACGCCAAGGACCGCUUGCCAAGGGAGUUAUGCCGACACCCGACACCAUCAGUAUUGUACCUCAAGCUUUCGGCGCUAUAUGUCUCAACAAUGCCGGCAUGAAGAUGUUUCAGCAUUCCCGUGCCCUCGAGACCUUCUUUGAGGUAUUCGAAAGCCGAGACCAUGUCAAGUGCAUGAUCACCAACCCCGAGUUACCCAAUACUCUCGGUGCCACCUUUGAUGAACUGGCUCGCCAUCACCCCCCUCUAAAGACUGCUAUCCUCAAUGCCGUUAUUGAAAUGGUAGCAAGAGUUGGGUACCUCUGCAAGAUGGAUGCCGAGAACAAGAAGAUCGGUACCAAGCUAUUUGCCAUAGAUUCUUCUGGCAGGGUGGCCAUUGCUGAUGCUAAUUUGGUCCCCGCUGUGAAUUUGGGCAAGGGUAAAGGAAAGGUCAUUGAUGAUGGCGGCGAUGUAGAGAUGCAGGAUGCUGGCCAAGAACUAGUUGACGUCGCAACAGAGGAGUUGUCAUCGGAAAAUACCACCCCGAAUGCUUCCAAUACCCCCUACAUUUCCGCAGUCUCGACCUUCCUAAACGCCAUAUUAGCGAAUUCGUCGAUACGCUCUGAAUUCUGCUCGAGAGGAGGUAUUGAGUAUGUUCUUGAUCUCGCAAAUUCGCCAUGCCUUUACACGGGGUUUGCCGAUAGUCAUGCAAGCAAGAAUCUCCAGAGUGUGAUCGGCGUAUUGGCAGAGCACAAACCUCAUCUCACGAUUCCUUCCUUGCUGAGAAGAGUCCAAUCAGCUGCAGAUGUUCUUGCUCCUUUCGCCGGCCAUACAGAUUCUGAAGCGUUCUUCGCACCAUUCGUAAAUGCUGAAUUGAGCCAGACUGCGGACGCUGAGUUUAUCUCAAAGGGCACGACCUACGCUAAGGCUUUCGUCAAUCUCCACUCUCUGCUUAGAAUCCUGCACGCAUGCUUCCAAACUGCAUCGCAUUUCAGUCAUCAUAGAACUACUAGCACUAGCUUCAUCCAAAUCAAUGUUGGAGAUUACUAUGUGCACUUAGUUCGCAGCCUUGGGCCUUUACUGGGAGCUUGCAUUCAGGAGGAUAUCAUUCUUAAAAACAUAGUACCUGCUCACUGGAAGAAUCCCGAGGCUUUACUAAUCAAGGAUCCUGGCUUUGGCGAGCCUACUUCGGAGAACAUCUUAGGCACCGAACUGCCAUCACCUGCCCCCGAACCAGCAGAGCUUGAUACAUCCGAAACUUCUCUCUCCACCAAUCCGAUCAACGGAGACUCGUCAGAACUCGUCGUGAACGAUGUUCCGAAGUCUGUUGAUGAGGAAAAGGUGCCCGCGAAGUCGGAGCAGAAAAACCCAUUCUUCCAGAACUAUCGGACAAUUAACAGCAUGUUGAAGACUAGGAGUAUUUCAACAUUCUUCCAAACACUUGGCAAAGCUUUAGUCACCAAACGAAACCCCGAUGCUUUCCAGAAGCAGAGCCAUAUGGCUAUUGCGGAUGCGCUGGCCGAGACCAUGCUACUUCAGUUGAGCCGAUCGGACAAUUCGCCAUCUAUUGAGAAUUUCAAGUAUUGGAUUAGAAUCCUUGCUGUAUUGAAAGAGAUGCUGGUAGAUACAUCUCGCCACGCCGAGCGACCAACUCAGACUAUUACCCUUGUCCUUCAAGCUUUUAAAGAACGUGAAGGCUUUGAAUCAGUCAAUCAAAUUCUUGAGACCUUUACUGCGGAGAUUCAAUCACGUCCACCUGUCAAGCCUAAUAGCCAGGAUAAGGAAAGCGUAUUGGGGUUCUCCAGAAUGGGAACAGGCGAUAUUCUCUCAUUGUAUAGCCAGCUUGUGACUGGCAAGAAUGUCACCGAGGCUCAGCAAACUGUUGCCAUAGCCACCCGAAAUGAGCGAGACCGUACUCGUGUCGAUAACUUCUCACCUCCCCAAUUUCUAGUCGAGUUACGAAUGGCGGUUUUACCAGUGACUCGCCGUCUUUGGCAGUCAUCGGAGUUUAUUGAGAGAGCUCCAGACUCGACAUGCGAAAGACUCAUUGAAGUGAUUCGAAUCAUCGCUGGCGCGGACAGUGAAGCAAACGCAUUGAGACGCUCUGACAAGAUUGUCCCACCCUCUAAAGUCCCUCCUAAGACCUUCAAGAGCUCAGACGACCACUUAUCUGCUUUGGUAGAGGGACACACUUAUGACCGUGAACUCGCAAUCGAGGCUCUGUACCGUUGUAAUAAUAACCUUACAUCUGCAUCGGAAUAUUGCCGCGAAAUUGUUCAGGGCGAGGGCAGACGAAACCCCGUUCCCGAAGGCGACAUUGCCCCUAACCCCGACCCCACCGAAGCAUCCAGGCCUCGUACCGGAGGCUCUACUGGAACAAACACUCCAGAUAGCCUAUACCAAGCUUCGGCGGCUGAUUCACGUGCCAAUAUCCCAACCAUCGUCGACUCCUUGAAUCAAAUUGUCACACCGUCCGGCAAUGAUGAGCCAGCCGCGCCUCAAAACUUUGAUAACUUGCUGAAUCAAUUUUCUCAAAAUACAGAGGUCGCAUCACGACCAGGCUCAUCAGCGGCACCGGCUCCUAAGGAAUCACUUCCAGCAGUCGAAGAAUCCAAAACAAAACAAGUCACGGUAGAUGACUUGAACGAGGAACGCGAGGCUCUCCGAGAGGACUUGAUUGAUAAAUGUCUCGACGUUAUUAAUGCCCACGGCGAGGUGACCUUCGAGGUUGCUGACCUAAUAAAGACUGUGAUCAACAAGUCAGGUGAUCCUCCUGGGCAACGAAGGAAUGUUGGCACCACUCUUGUUAUAGCACUGAUGUCGUUUGCUGGCGAGGAAGAUCUUCAAGCAGUUGGGAAAAAAAUUGCCGCUUACGCCAAUCUACUAGCUCUCAUGCUUCAGGAUAAAUUAUUUUAUACCGAGACUCUUGGAGACCUGAAGGAAAACCUCUCGACAUUGCUGAGCUUCAUUAGGUUUUCGAAUAAUCACACAUCGGAAGAUGAGUCGCCUUGGAUUCCCCAAAUUUUGCUUGUUAUUGAGAUGCUGCUUUGCGAAGAUGCUCGCCCUCGCAAGACGAGAUGGAUAACGCCAAGCAGUGAAGAUGAAACCAUUGAAGGGCCAGUGCUGGAGACAGCUGAACCUUCCGUGCCCGAAGCUGAACGUACAGAACUCUUUGACAAGAUCUUGGAUAUCCUUCCAAGAAUUGGCAAGGACGAGGGGCUUGCGCUUGCUGUGCUCCGAGUUCUGGUUAUUCUAACCCGUUCGCGGCCCGUGGCUCAAGCUCUGAGUGACAAGAAGAAUAUUCAGCGUCUGUUUGUCAUGGCAAAGCAGUUGGCGGGUGUUGGUUCCUCUCGUAUCCAAGGCCCAUUGAUGCUCAUUCUGCGGCACUGUAUCGAAGACGAUGAAACAAUCAAGCAGAUUAUGCGAGCGGAAAUCAAGGCUUGGUUUGAGGGUCCGCGUCAGCAGCGGACCGUCAUUACUUCAGUAUACCUACAAAACCUUUGCAAUUCGGCAGUUCGGCAACCAGAACUAUUCGUGGAGGUGACAAACGAGAUGGUCAAGUACAAUCGCUGGGCGUAUACACCCCCAGGCGAAACUCCUAGUCGUCACAUGUCUUUGGUCUUGAAGGAGACACCUGUCACAGAACUUUCGAAUGGAGCUUCUGAUGAUCCAGUCUCGCCAACAGUUCACGCUACGGAAGAUCUCACUAUUCAAGAUGUCAAAACAUCUACAGAAGGAGAUAGUGAGAUGCCAGACGUCGCAAAGCCUGCUGCUACUGAGAGCAAACUCCCUGUUGUCGCUCACCCAGAUGGAAUCAUUCAUUACCUACUUUGUGAGCUCAUUACUUAUAAAGAUGUCUCAGAUGGUCCUGCAAUUCCUGCGCCUACGAUUCCAACCAUCACAGCCGAUAAGUCUAAUGCUGGCCCAAGCAGUGUUGAUACACCAAUGAUUGGAUCUUCUACUCCAGAAGGAGUUUCCCAAGAAACCAAGGACGCCAAACAGACCCCCAAGCAAGAAUUCAAGUCCGAAGAACAUCCAAUGUAUAUUCACAGAUGUUUCAUUCUCCAAUGUUUGACCGAACUUCUUGCGUCUUACAAUUCGACCAAGGUUGAAUUCAUCAAUUGGCAUAAACACAAACCAGUCAAGGCCAUGACCCCAUCCAAGCCUCGCUCAACGGCCGUCAACUACCUUUUAUACGACCUCCUUCCGAUUGGUACCUUGGAACAUCCAGAGACAAUCGAUUUGCGCAAGCAGCUUGUGACAUCAGGCUGGGCAGACUCGGUAUUGUGUGCACUCGUUAGUAAAACUGGUGAGCGGCCUGUCGAUAUGAAGCGGGAACAGUAUGACAGCGAUGACGAGCCAGAUCUGCUACAUGUUCGUAAAUAUGUUCUUGAGAACAUCUUGAGAGCAUUCGGACAAGCAAGCGCCUCAACCGAACCUCUUGAUGUCAAGUACGCUCGCAUGCUUGCGCUAUCCGACCUCAUGUCUCAUAUAAUGAGUGGCAAGGAGAACGCACCACCUGCGGAAGUCAAUCUUGCCAAUGUUUCUCAGAAGCAACUUCGGCGGAUCAUGUACGAAAAGGGGUUUAUGACGGCAUUGACACAAUCAAUCGCUGAGAUCGAUUUGAACUUCCCCGGCGCCAGACGUGCUGUCAAAUACAUCCUGCGACCUCUCAAGACCCUGUCUUCUACUGCUCUCAGCCUCAGUGAACUCGGUCUCAUCUCUACCGCUCCUGACAAUAAUGACGCAGACGAGAUCGAAUCCGCUAGCUCGGCGUCUGAGAUAGAGGAUGACCGCGAGGAGACUCCAGAUCUGUUUCGUAACUCUACCCUGGGCAUGUUUGAGCCUGGUAGAGAAGGCGACUCGUCUGAUGAUUCCGAAGAUGAUGACGAAGAGAUGUACGAGGGCGAAUAUGAUGAUGAAAUGGAGUAUGAGGAAGACAUCGGCGGCGGUGAAGACAACAUCAGCGACGAGGACGAGGAAGUCGAAGGCAUGGGUCCGAUGGAAGGCCUCUCCGGCGAUCAUGGCCUCGACGUCGAGGUCAUUAUGGAAGAUGACGAUGGCGAAGACGACGAUGAAGGUGAAUCAAAUAGCGAUGAUGAUUCUGGUGAUUCCGGGUCUGAUUUAGAAGAUGACGAUGCUCGCGUUGAAAUCAUUGAUGAGGCUGGAAACGUCCAAGAGCUAGGCGAAGAUGAUAUGGAGGACUGGGAGAGCGACGAUCAGGAUGAUGAUGGCGAAGAGGAAGACUAUGAAGGUCAAGCUGCUGAUGAAGAAGAACAGGAGCUCCAUGAGAUGAACGCAAUGGACAUGGCCAGCGGUCAACUCGGCCACCUUGUUCGUGCCCUUGGAGGCGAAGAUGCCGAAGACAUGAUCGAGCAGAUGGAGCAGCAGAUGGAGGCCGAUGGCAUCGAUCCAGGGGAUGACGAGGAUCGCAUUGCCGGCGAAUAUAUUGAAGAAGAUGAUAACGACGUCGACGACGAGGAUGACGAUGAUGAGGCGGAUGAAGACGAUAUAUUAUUCCAGGGAAACUAUCCUUUGGAUGGCCCAGGACGGGGUCCGUUUGGGUGGGAGGGUGAAGUUGAGCCUGCUAUGGGUGGUCUUCGCCGACACCCUCGUCCUGGAGGCUUCCCCCCAUUUCCAUUCUUUCCUGGUGGCCGUGACCCGCUAGGUGGUGAGUUACCCGAACAUUCGCGACCGCCAAUUCUUGCCAGCCCUGCUAUGCGGCUUGAACUAGCAAAUGCGAACAUCACAAGGCUCACAUUGCGACUACGGGAAUUGGCGGGAGAGAUCAGUGCUAAUGCUCUUUCAGUACCCUCAUACGGCAGAUCGCAUAGACCAGGUGCUCCAGCUCGCUCUGGCAAUGAUGGUGUCAACCCUUUACUCCAACGAAACAGCUCUGCACCUAUGAGAGGAGACAUUGGCUCCAGUGGUCGCCACACAUUAGGCAGUUUCAUUCAAGGUAUCGGAGGACCCAAUGAAAUAUUGGAUAUCGGAAUCAGCGGUCGUCCUUUUGGUGAGGCCGAACGAGCACUUUUUCAAGAAGCAAUAAGAUCCUUACCAGUCAUUCCAGGUACUAUCGCACGCAACGGGCAAGCCCUCCAAUUUCAUAUCACGACCGGGCCUGGCCAUGAACUACCACGAGACAUACAGGCCAUGUUCGGUAUGCGACCUAGCCCACGAUACGACGGUCGUCACGCUACGGACCCUGGAAAUUCGGCUUUCUUCACACCUCUCUCUACGAAGGUUAGAUGGGACGAGGAAGCCAAGCUGCUAUUCGGUCCCACCGUUGCUGAGAAGGCUGCAGAUCUCUACAAUGCCAUCCAAGCUGUCUUAGUUCCUCCUGCCAUUGAAGCCGACAAGGCCAUCAAGGCCGCGGAAGCUGAAGAAAAGCGUAAGUCAGAAGAGGAAGCUAAGAAGAAGGCUGAAGAGGAGAGGAUUGUUCGUGAAGCAAAGGAGGCUGAGGAAAAGGCCGAGAGAGAAAAGAAGGAGGCCGAGGAACGGGAGACCGCCGAGAGAGCUGCUGCUGAAGCACUUGCUGCGCGAGGCCCCGAGUCAGAGCAGGAGGCUAAUUCAGUUCAAGAGGCUGCUGAGGCAAUGGAGGGCGUAGAGACCGAAAAUGCCGAGACUACCCCAGAAGGUCAAGGCACACAGGGCGAGGAGACCCCAGCAGCAGAUCGUCCGCGAGUUACGACUGUCAUUCGCGGUAACCCUUACGACAUCACAGAUCUUGGGAUUGAUCCCGAAUUCCUUGCCGAGCUACCAGAAGAGAUUCGGGAGGAAGUCAUCAUGUCGGCUGUUAGCGAGCGACGUUCAGCAGCUGCAGCAACUGGCGCUCAACCAUCGGAUAUCGAACAAGAGUUUUUAGAUGCCUUGCCCGCUGAUAUCAGAGAGGAGAUCAUGGCACAAGAACGACAAGACCGCCGUCGCCGUGAGCGAGAGGAGCGUAAUCGCCAAGCCACCGUUGCCAAUGGUGGAGCUCCCAGUGCUGGUGAGAUGGAUGCUGCAAGCAUUCUAGCUACGUUACCUCCGGCAUUGCGUCAACAAGUUUUGAUGGAGCAAGACGAGGACAUGCUUGCCUUACUUCCUGCAGAUAUUGCUGAUCAAGCACGUGCUGCCCAGAGAGAUCAUCCUGCUCAUCAAGGAAGAGUUCCAGGUGGAUUUGCUCGACGUGCAGCUCCUCCUGUUGCCGGUCAAGACGCCAAUGCCGAACGACAACCUCGACGAGUGGUGGUGCAGAUGCUUGACAAGCCAGGAAUCGCUACCCUCUUACGUCUGAUGUUCAUUUUCCAACAAGGCAGUCUACGAAAUACUCUGAACACGGUUCUCCAAAACAUCUCACACAAUCGACACAACCGGAAUGAGGUACUCGGCACGAUUCUUCAUAUCCUCCAGGAUGGUAGCUUUGAUAUGUCUGCGGUUGAACGAAGCUUUACUCAGCUUUCAUUGAGAGCAAAGCAACCGUCAUUGAAGGAAAAGGACCCCAAGACCCCCACACCACUCAAGCGAACCCUCACUGGUCCCAGCACCACGAGUUCAGUCACUCCGACCAAUUUUGAGGCAUCUCCGCUGAUGGUGGUUCAACAAUGUCUGUUAUCUCUGGUUUUCCUCACGAGUGCCAACCCUCAUAUUCCAGCAUUCUUCCUUACCGAACACGAGCCUACUGGUGGUCUUAAGCGCAGCUUGAGCCGCAAGGGCAAGGGAAAGGAGAACAAGGCCUCGAGAUAUCCUCUUAAUUCAUUGUUGACAUUACUCGAUCGCGAGUUGAUAAUGGAGAGCUCUUCUGUUAUGGAGUCAUUGUCAACACUACUUAACAUGACAACUACCCCACUUCAGGCUUUACAACGAAGACAGAAAGAGGCGGCUGGAGAGGGCAAGAAGGAGGAGACAGCAGAGGCAGUUCCCACAGCUGCUGAUACGGCGGUGUCUGUCACUACACCGGAGCCUACGACAAGCGAUGAGCAACAUUAUGAUGCACAGUCAGAUCCGACAAUGGACAGACUUCUCGCUGAAGCCGAGUCAUCUCCAACACUGCCUCCUGAUGAAGGCGCUGAGCCAUCGACUUCUACGGAAACCCCAGCUGCUCCGUCAGAAUCAACUUCUAAGGAAGCCGCAAAGGAGCCCGAGAAGAAGCUACAACGCCAAAUGGUCCCUCCAGUCGUCCCAGAACAUAAUCUGCAAUUGGUGAUCAACAUCUUUGUUGCUCGUGAAUGCAGUUCAAAAACAUUCAGAGAGACUCUGUCAACAAUCAAGAACCUUUCUGCCAUUCCAGACGCUAAGGCCGUCUUUGGACGAGAACUCAUCUCAAAGGCUCAAGGACUUGGAGAGAUCAUCCUUGUCGAUCUUCAAGAUCUUCUUCCACAAAUCGAGAAGGCCACAACAGGCACUGAGAUCCAGGGUGUAGCACUCGCCAAGUUUUCACCAGGUGGCUCAGAUCAAAACAAGUUGCUUCGCGUCCUUACCGCACUUGACCAUCUUUUCGACCCCAAGCGUGACAGGAAGGAUGCAUCUGAGGUUGAUAGUGAAGGUGAAUCAUCUCAAUUGAGUGAGAAGCAGGACCUCUUGUCUUCUCUCUACGAGAAUUCUACCUUUGGACCGAUGUGGGAGAAGCUCAGCGAGUGUUUACGUGCUAUUCGACAACGUGAGCAUAUGCUCAAUGUUGCCACUAUCCUUCUUCCGCUCAUUGAAGCAUUAAUGGUGGUUUGCAAAAACACCACACUUAAGGAGAAGAGCUCACAGACUAGCAAGGAGAUGUUGUUGACCAGUCCCCCACCAGAAUCGCGAAUGGAGAGCUUGUUCUUUACUUUCACCGAGGAGCACCGGAAAAUUCUCAACGACCUCGUACGGCAUACACCGAAGCUCAUGUCGGGUACUUUCUCUCUCUUAGUCAAGAACCCCAAGGUUCUCGAGUUUGACAACAAGCGCAACUACUUCACUCGUAGCAUUCAUGCCAAGGCCCCCAACGGUCGUCAAUCACAUCCUCCGCUUCAGCUGUCUGUUCGCCGAGACCAGGUCUUCCAUGAUUCCUUCAAGUCUCUCUACUUUCAAACCGGCGAUCAGAUGAAGUACGGCAAGUUAAGUAUUCGAUUCCACGGUGAAGAGGGUGUUGAUGCAGGUGGUGUUACUCGCGAAUGGUUCCAAGUGCUUUCGAGACAAAUGUUUGACCCAGGAUACGCUCUGUUCAUUCCUGUGUCAUCUGACCGAACCACAUUUCACCCCAAUCAGCUGAGUAGCAUCAACGAGGAGCAUCUCAUGUUCUUCAAGUUCAUCGGUCGCAUCAUUGGCAAGGCUCUUUACGAGGGUCGUGUCUUGGACUGCCAUUUCAGUCGUGCUGUGUACAAGCGCAUUUUGGGCAAACCUGUCUCAGUGAAGGAUAUGGAGUCUCUUGAUCCUGAAUACUACAAGUCUCUUGUCUGGAUGCUUGAGAAUGAUAUCACUGACAUCAUCACGGAGACCUUCUCUGUUGACAACGACAAGUUUGGUGUUGUUGAGACCAUUGACUUUAUAGAAAAUGGCCGCAACAUUCCUGUCACUGAGGAGAAUAAGCACGAGUACAUUCGCUUGAUGGUGGAGUGGAAGCUCACUGGUUCUGUUAAAGAGCAGUUGGACGAGUUCUUGAAGGGUUUCCAUGAUAUCAUCCCCGCUGAGCUCAUCGCAAUCUUCAACGAGCAAGAAUUGGAGCUGUUGAUCUCCGGAUUACCCGAAAUCGAAGUUGACGACUGGAAGAGUAACACUGAAUACCACAACUACUCAGCAUCCUCUCCGCAGAUCCAAUGGUUCUGGCGAGCCGUUCGUUCAUAUGAUAAGGAAGAGCGUGCCAAGCUGCUGCAGUUCGUUACAGGAACUAGCAAGGUACCGCUGAACGGUUUCAGGGAGUUGGAGGGUAUGAAUGGCUUCAGUCGAUUCAACAUCCAUCGUGAUUAUGGUAGUAAGGAAAGGCUGCCAAGUUCGCAUACAUGCUUUAACCAACUUGAUCUUCCUGAAUAUGAAAGCUACGAGUCACUCCGCUCGCAUGUCCUCACGGCCAUCACCGCGGGAAGCGAGUACUUUGGUUUCGCAUAG